AUGAUAAGUCUGACUCCCUACAACUUUCAGCCAGUUUUCCGUCGCCUAGUUGUGUUGUACGGCUACGCGCAGGCGGUGACAGAUUGCGCGACCUUCGUCCUGUCGUGCUUGUGCUGCCAGUGCUGGGAGCCCAUGCCGCUGUCGCAUUCUUCGGCCGGAUGCACGUUCCGCGCUGAUAUUGAUCCACCUCUGAAUGAAAAGGUGGAAAUUGGAAGAGGCGAUGGAGAACCGGUCAAGCCGCAGCAUUUAGUGAUAGACUUUACCCCCGGAAGAGAUGACACACCGGAACUACAGCAGAAGGUCUGCAAAUUUUGGAACUUUGUGGACCGAUCGCCGGAGUUGGACGAAUUUCUGGAACAACCUUUUAGAACAAACGACUCCAAUACUCGUAGCGGUGUCACCAGCAAGGAUUCCCAAAGCGGACGAAUAGCCACGAUUUACCCAUCAAACGACUUCCCCGCAAUACAUUCAUUGAAGACCUUAAACAAAAAUGGUAUAAACUUAAAUAUUGCGUACCUGUAUAUUUCGAAAAUAUUGCCAAAAAUCAUGAGUACCACAGUAUUCGAAAUUCUGAACCUUCAUGAGCUCUAG